UGCUUCUAUGUCCAAUACUGCUGUGGGAUGCAGAACAUGACAGAGGAGGACCGCAAGAACCUGGUCCGGCUCCAGGACCUGGUGGACAAGCUCCAGAUGAAGGUCAAGGCCUACAAGCGACAGGCAGAGGAGGCGGAGGAACAAGCCAACUCCAACCUGGCCAAGUUCCGCAAGGCACAGCAUGAGCUGGAUGAGGCGGAGGAGCGUGCCGACAUCGCUGAGUCCCAGGUCAACAAGUUGCGAGCCAAGAGCCGUGACAUUGGAGCCAAGAAGGGACUCAACGAGGAGUGAAGCUCUGGACUCCCAGCUGUAUUCCCUGGACCUCCAAGUGCUCCACUCCUGCUCCCAGUCCCCCAGCCUUGGUCAGCCAAUAAAAAGCAUUGA